AUGACGUCAGUCUGCUCUCUGUUGUCUUCGCUUCGCUCGUUGUCUCUGCCAGACGGAACUUUUAACCACGAAGAAGCCAUUAUUCAAACUGUCAAGACCCAGAACAAACAUCGUCAGAAUCUCAUCAACCUCGAGCGGAACGUAGGCCGCGCCGCAUUUCCACCGGGUGCUGAGAUCAAGCCGCUCGCGACCGUGCCUUCUUCGCUUCAGGCGCGCCAAAACGAGCCGCUCAUCGACGAGGAGAACGGCCUUGAGUGGACGGACAACAUCGCCAUUGGCACGCCCUCGCAGCCUUUCCUCAUCGACUUCGACACCGGCUCGUCCGACCUCUGGGUCCCGUCGCCCCAGUGCACCAGUAAUGUUUGCCAGGGGAAGCACAAAUACAACGCGGGCUCGUCGUCCACGAGCACCGAGAGGCCGGGCACAUUCUCCAUUCAGUAUGGUGACCAAUCCACUGUUUCCGGUCCUAUCUAUACCGAUACCGUGGAUGUUGCGGGGGUGACGGUCAAAAGCCAGUACUUCUCCGCCGUGACCGAGCUAUCGAGUGAAUUCCAGGACGACCCGGUGGACGGUUUGCUUGGCCUUGCUUAUCCCAAGAUAUCCAACCUCAACCAGACUCCGUUCUUCAAUAACGCGUACGAACAAGGCGCUGUUCCAGAGGAUGUCUUCUCCUUCAAAUUGGCUUCUACCGGAUCUGAGCUCUACCUCGGCGGCACCAACAGCAAGCUCUACACUGGCUCCGUAGAGUAUCACGACAUCGACACGACAACUGGCUUCUGGCAGCCCAUGGAUGCGAGUGCAAUUGUCAACGGAAUACCCGUCGUUAACAGCAUCGAUACCAUCAUUGAUACUGGUACGACUAUUAUGUAUGGCCCUCCCGCCCUCGUCGCGUUGUUCUACCUGGCGAUCCCUGGCUCGGUCCUCUUCGACCCAGUGAACGGAUAUUACGCGUAUCCGUGCGCGCAGCCCCCUUCCGUAGCAUUCAACUGGGGCGGGAAGAACUGGGCUGUCAGCGCGGAGAGCUUCUCCCUAGGUACGAUUGGACUCGGGUAUUGUGCUGGGGCACUUGCAGGUAAGGACCUUGGAUUUGGUCCCGAUACCUUCCUCCUCGGAGACAGUUUCAUAGUCAACGUCUACACAGUCUUCUCCUUCGCUCAGAGUGCUGUAGGGUUCGCUGACCUAGCGUAG